UUAAAACAUAUUUAUUGUUAAUUCAAAACUUUUGAAUUACAUAUUUAUUUGACAUAUUUAAGCUAUUCUAAAUUAUAUGAAACCGUCGAAAAUGUCUGAAGAAACUGAUUCAAACACAACAAUUAAAAUUGAACCUUUAGAUUAUCCUCAAGUGAAACAAGAAUUGGAUGAUUACGAUAAUAAUUACCCGGAAAACGACAAAAUUUGUUUACAACGUUUUUUAAAAUCUGAGAUAACAAUCGAGGAAGAAAUAAAGCAAGAAGCUAUCGAUGAACAAGAUGCAAAAAGUAAAAACGUAGCAAUUACAACUGGUAGGCCUUAUAUAUAUAAUGAAGAAAUCAGUGAAUCUAGUAAUUUAGAGGGUAAGACAAACAAAUCAUUUGAAAGAGUUCCAAGAAAAACAAUGAAUAAUUUGAAACGCCACGAAUGUGAAAUAUGCAAUAAAACUUACAAAACAAAGCAAAAUUUAAACCAACAUAAAAUAAUUCACACUGGAGAACUUCCUUAUAAGUGUGAUAUGUGCAAUAAAACAUUUACAAGAAAGCAAACAUUAAACGAACAUAAAAUGAUUCACACUAAGGAUAGUCCUUAUAAUUGUGAAAUAUGCAAUAGAACUUUUGCAACAAAGCAAAGAUUAAACCAACAUAAAAUGAUUCACACUGGAGAACGUCCUUAUAAGUGUGAUAUGUGCAGUAAAACAUUUACAAGAAAGAAAAUAUUAAACGAACAUAAAAUUAUUCACACUGGGAAACGUCCUUAUAAGUGUGAUAUGUGCAAUAAAACAUUUACAAGAAAGAAAACAUUAAACGAACAUAAAAUGAUUCACACUGGGGAAAGUCCUUAUAAUUGUGAAAUAUGCAAUACAACUUUUGCAACAAAGCAAAGAUUAAACCAACAUAAAAUGAUUCACACUGGAGAACGUCCUUAUAAGUGCGAUAUGCGCAAUAAAACAUUUACAAGAAGCAAACAUUAA